UAACCCUCUCUCUUCCUCUCACACUCUCAUUCCACUCCCCACUUCACAUCCCUACUUUCCAAAGGCUUAGGUUACCAUCUGCGGCGCAGGUUAAGGGUUUCACUCUCCUAACGUACACCAUGGAUCGCAAAACCGCCGUCCUCACGGCACUCAUCUGCAUUGUUUUCUCCACCGUCGGCGGCCAAUCUCCGGCAUCCUCCCCCACCGCCACCCCUGCCCCACCCACCACCACCACCCCUCCACCCACCGCCACCCCACCACAAGUCGCAUCUCCUCCCACCACCACUCCUCCACCCGCCGCCACCCCACCACCCGUCGCCACUCCCCUCGCAUCCCCACCACCGGCUACCCCUCCCCCCGUCGCAACCCCACCACCUGCCACCCCUCCACCCGUCGCAACCCCACCACCAGCCACCCCACCUCCCGCUGCAACCCCACCACCAGCCACCCCUCCUCCCGUCGCAACACCACCACCGCUCGCAUCACCACCGGCUCCGGUCCCAGUGUCGUCGCCGGCUCCCUCCGUGACUCCCACAGCAGCACCAUCGCCGUCAACUUUAAGCCCACCAGCACCACCCACCGGUGCUCCUACUCCUUCCAUCUCCGGCGAUCUUACUCCGGCAACGGCGCCGUCGGCUACCGACAUGAGCGGUGCGGAGAAGAUGGGAUCUAUGUUGGGGAGCAUGGUUUUUGGAUCGGCUGUUGUUUACUUUCUACUCUAGAUAUGUAUACUUCAAUGUUGUCACGUCGGGUUCUAUAUUAUAUAGUCUCGGGUAGUUGAGUCAAUUCGAUGGUUGAGAGCUUUUGCAUUGUAUUUGGAGUAGUAGCUAUAUACAUUCUUUUGGGGUUGGGUUUGGGGGAUGCGUUUUGUAAUUUUGAUUGUGACAUGGUUCUACUUGACUGCUAUUGUAUUGUUUCGUUUUAUGCCACUUUUAUUUCUUGCA